UUUGUAUUUUAGUUAUUUUCUUAAUCCCUCUCACAUCGAAACAAAUUAUACAUUUUGCCUCUCACAUCCAACUCUCUUCCCAUAUUUAAAAAAAAAAAAAAACAACUUUCUUCAUCAAUCAUCACCGUCAUGGAACCACCGGAGAAUGACAUCAUCACCGCCGAGCAAAUCAUCCUCCGGUGGGACACCACGGCGUCAGAAGCCGCCGGAGUCCGGAUGAUAUUCGAAUCCGACCGCGAAGAAGUUAAACGUUACUUACAAGCCGUAGAUCAAAUUCUAAUAUCCAUCAACUCACCAACACUUUCAGACGAUCAUUCAAACAAACUCAACAACGCAAUCCAGAUCGCAAUGGCUCGUCUCGAAGACGAGUUUCGCAACAUCCUCAUCACAAAUUCAACUCCUAUAGAAACCGAAACGAGCAACGAAUCGAUCUCUUUCACUCCAAAAACCACUCCGAGAACCAGCAGUUGCCGGAGCGAUUCACCGGAGAAAAACGAUAUCAAUAACUCAAAGAGAGACGACUCCAUUUCCAGAAUCAGUUCCGCUUCGUUUACAGACCGUAACGAACGGAGUGUGACGUUCGCUAGCUGUAGAUCUAUGAACAGCAUUCGCGAACAAGAUCUGUUACCUCCAGAAAGCAUUGCAGAUCUCCGUUGCAUCGCUGAACGUAUGAUCGCUGCUGGUUACCACAGAGAGUGCGUUCAGGUGUACGGAAGCGUACGUAAAUCCGUUGUUGACGGAAGCUUCAAGAAGCUCGGUGUUGAAAAACUCAGCAUAGGCGAUAUUCAACGACUUGAAUGGGAGGCGUUGAAUGCUAAAAUCGGUAAGUGGAUUGUAGCUGCAAAAGCGUGCAUAAGAGUACUUUUCGCUAGCGAAAAGAAGCUCUGCAAACAAAUAUUUGAAGAUCUCGGAUCAACGGCUGUAGAUGAUGCAUGUUUCAUGGAAACGGUUAAAUCUCCAGCGAAUCAGCUGUUUAAUUUCGCGGAAGCGAUUAGCAUCAGCCGGAGAUCACCGGAGAAGCUGUUUAAGAUAUUAGAUUUACACGAUUCGUUACUCGAUUUGUUGCCUGAUAUUGAUGAUGUAUUUGAUUCGAAACUAGCCGAAUCGGUUAGAAUUCAGGCACCGGAGAUAUUAUCCAGACUAGUAGAGGCUGCUAGAGGAAUGAUAUCCGAGUUUGAGAAUGCAGUGCUUCGAGAACCUUCUAGGGUUCCAGUUCCUGGAGGUACAAUUCAUCCGUUAACUAGAUAUGUAAUGAAUUACAUAAGCUUGAUUUCGGAUUACAAGCAAACCCUAGGUGAAUUGAUUGUUUCGAAGCCUACAACCGGAUCACGACACUGUGAUUCUGGUGCUCCGGAUAUGGAUUUCGAUGAGCACGAAGGGCGAUCGCCGUUUGCGCUGCAUCUAAUUUGGAUUAUUACACUGUUGCAUUCGAAUCUAGAAGGAAAAUCUAAACAUUAUAAGGAUAAUUCAUUGGCUCAUUUGUUUAUCAUGAAUAAUGUUCAUUACAUUGUUCAAAAGAUCAAAGGUUCGUCGGAGUUGCGGGAGAUGAUUGGUGAUAAUUACUUGAGAACUCUUACAAGGAUUUUUCGGCAGGCGGCUACAAACCACCAACGCGCAACUUGGAUAGGGGUGUUGCAUUGUUUGAGAGAUGAAGGGUUACACUCAACUGGAAGCUUCUCAUCUGGUGUUUCGAAGAGUGCGUUGAGAGCGCGGUUCAAAUCGUUUAAUGCCAUUUUUGAUGAAGUUCACAGGACUCAAGCGUUAUGGUUGAUACCGGAUGAACAACUUCGUGAGGAGCUAAGGAUUUCGAUUCUGGAGAAGCUAAGUCCAGCAUACCGAUCGUUUCUUGGGAGAUUCAGGAAUCAUAUUUCUGAUAAUUAUAUCAAGUACACUGUGGAAGAUCUUGAAAAUGCUGUGUUGGAUUUGUUUGAAGGAAAUCCUGUUUCUCAGCACUCUAGGAGAAAAUCACAUUGAGAGAAACAAAGAUAAGUAUUUGUAGGAUACCACGUAGUUGCGCGUUGAAUACAAAACCAGUUUUUAAGUAGAGAAACCGAGAACCGCAUAAUACACUUGUAUGAAAUGAUUUGCUUAUUUAAUGGGAGAGGGAAAGUGAGUGAGAUAGGAUUUACAUAAUUUUAUUACGCAUUACAGUUAAAGCAAAAAACAAGUGUUUAUGUGGUUCUUA